AUGGAGUCUCUACUCAAAUUUAUUGCAGUCAUUCUACUCUGUGUCGUAUCUCCAGUUGUGUCUAGGCCCAGCUAUGAGAUUGCGGCACGUCAGACAACCGACAGGCUCGUUUUCUGUCACUUCAUGAUCGGCAUCGUAUCUGAUCGCACCGGCCCAGCAGACUUCGAUGCGGACAUGCAGAGGGCCAAGGCGCUCGGCAUCGACGCUUUUGCCCUCAACAUCGGCGUUGACCCGUACACUGACGCACAGCUGAGCUAUGCCUACCAGUCUGCUGCAAACAACGGCAUGAAAGUGUUCAUCUCGUUCGACUUCAACUGGUAUCACACGAGCCAGGGGACAGAAGUCGGGCAGAAGAUCGCCCAGUAUGCCACUUCCUAUCCCACGUCUCAGCUCUACGUCGACGGCAAGAUCUUCGCCUCGAGCUUUGCUGGAGAUGGAGUUGAUGUGAAUGCGAUCCGCACCGCUGCAGGGGCACCGAUCUUCUGGGCCCCCAACUUCCACCCUUCCCAAGGCACUAACUUUAGUACUGUCGAUGGUGCUCUGAAUUGGAUGGCUUGGCCGAACAACGGCAACAACAAAGCUCCUACGCCUGGUAAUAAUGUCACAGUCGAGGAUGGCGAUCAGGAAUACAUUACAGCACUUGCUGGCAAGCCUUAUAUUGCUCCCGUCUCUCCAUGGUUCAGCACCCAUUUUGGACCGGAGGUACCAUAUAGCAAGAACUGGGUGUUUCCUGGAGACCUACUUUGGUACCAGCGAUGGAACGAGAUCCUGACCCUUGGACCACGUUUUCUUGAGAUUAUUACAUGGAACGACUACGGAGAGUCUCACUAUAUUGGGCCACUUGCCUCAAAGCACACGGAUGACGGCAAUUCUAAGUGGACCAACGAUAUGCCUCAUGGUGGCUGGAUGGACAUGGCGAAGCCCUUCAUCUCGGCUUACAAGAACGGGGCGACUUCCGCAGCGACCUACGUCUCAUCUGAUCAGCUAAUCUAUUGGUACCGACCAACUCUCAGGAGCAUCAACUGCGAUGCCACAGAUACUACAAUGGUCUCAGCAGACAACAGCUCGGGCAACUACUUUAUGGGUCGUCCAAACGGCUACGAAACACUCGCUGAUGCCGUUUUCGUUGUGUCAAUGCUCAAGACGCCAGGGACCGUGACAGUUAUGUCCGGCAACAAUGUGCAGUCGUUCAGUGCUCCCGCUGGAAUCUCGGCUUACCAGGUAGACAUGCAAAUCGGAAAGCAGCAGUUCUUUCUGGCGCGGAACGGCCAGACGGUCAUGAGCUCUGUGAGCCUGAAGAACAUCUCGGACGUCUGUCCCUGCGGCAUCUACAACUUCAACGCCUACGUCGGAUCCGUACCGGACGAGCCUUCUGAUCCACUAGGACCAGAUGCUUUGGCCUCGUUGACCGCUGGUCUGCAUCCCGACAACGACUCCACCAACGACCUCUGUCACAACCACGACAUCUACCUCUACAUCAACCACGACACCAACCACGACGACAACCACGACACCGACCACGACCUCAACCACAACCUCGAAACCCACGUCAACUACCAGUUCCACCACGAGCACCACCCCAACCUCUACAUCUACCUCGAGUACUACUUCUGCAACUCCAAGCCCAACAGGAGUUUGCAACGCAGGCACCGGGCCAGGGAACUAUGUCGGUCUCUGCAGCUUCUGCUGCAACUUCGGGUACUGCCCUCCAGGGCCAUGUACUUGUACGUCUUACGGAGCGCAGGUUGCUCCGCCGCCAGAGACAGGCACAGUGGGAAAGCCGCUGCCGAGCGAGGACGACAGCUAUCUGGGCUUGUGUAG